AUGAUAGUAGUUAACGGCCACUUGGGAUUUGCUGCCCCUGCUUCGAACACCUCACUUCGAUCUCACCUCUGGCAGUUGACGGAUCCGCGAUCCGGGGUACUCUACACCUUUAUAGCUAAAGUCUUGGGCAUAGAUAAAUGCUACCAGCUAGUCAUGAUCAAUCACUCACAGUCAUACCCCUAUCAGACUUCUUCGCUUGUGCUCGAGGGUUUUCUCGGAGAUGAAGCUAGAAAUUCUAUCCAGAGAUGGUUGCUACUGAUCCGGGGCCGGAGAUCCGAUCUCGCAGAGCUAAGUUCCCAGGUGCAGUGUAGCGAGGCAAGUAGUGAAUUUAAAGCACUUAUGCAGGUACUGGCAGAAGUAUUGGCCCAUCUCCUGAAUGGCCAAGCUCCACAAGCCUCCCUUGGCAUUAUCGCCGGUGUCCAUCAUUAG